AUGCUCCAGGUGCACCAUACGACGACAAGGCUGUCUUCAACCUCAGAGUCCCACUCUGAGAUAUCUGUUACGGUAUGCGUGAAACUGCCUGGGUCAACAGUACUGGAGUUAGUAGAGGUGAGAGAAGAGAACACGACUCUGUUCAAGGACGUUGAGCAUUCAAAGGGCUCGAUAUCCCACUGUGAUGAGCUCUACUGUUCGCCUGAGCGUCUCAAGGUUAAUGCUACAUCUGAUGAGUCCCCAUACUGUGGUAUCGCCAACGAGGCUAAGCAUAUUUACGGCAUCCCAUGCUAUCCGGAGGUUACUCACCUUGAGAAGGGCCAGGCAAACUGGUCCAUGGAGAACCUCACCGAUACCGAGAUUAACAGACUGAGAGCCCUCGUUGAUCCUGACACCGAGGUUAUCGGUGCUGUCUCUGGUUGUGUCGACUCCACUGUUACUGCCAAAUUGACGGCUGAGGCUAUUGGUGACCGUAUCCACGCCAUCUUGGCUGAUAACGAUGUUUUUAGAAAGACUGCUGGUUUGGGUAUCAACUUGACAGUUAUCGAUGCUUCAGAUGAGUUCCUGGAUGAGCUCAAGGGCGUCACUGACCCAGAAAAGAAGAGAAAGACCAUUGUUGACACAUUCAGCCAUGUUUUGAACGUGAAGCUGCCAACAUCAGGCUAA